GCCUUUUCUUUUUUCAUCAGUGUCUUUAGGAGACAACAGCUCAGUUACUGUCGCCUUCGUCAAGUCCCGUUAUUUUUUUAUACCCUCAAGUCUUUAACGCGACGGAGAUCGCGCCAUGCUAGAUGACGAUGGCAUCAACAUGUCUCCUCCAGCAUUGUCGGCAUCGACCUCAAUGUCCACUUCAACCAAUGGAGGAGACUCUUUAAUGUCAUUCGAUCCAAUUUUACUCAAAGCCUAUCUCUUCGAUCUAUUGCCAUUCGUGUUGGUCGCGGAGCUUGAUGAUCUGAAGACAUCCCUAUUUGCCUACCCUGAUGCCGUAGAAAAGUGUAGACGUUUCGCAAACGACCCAAACAGCCCCGUACUAUAUGUUAUCAAAGAAAGACAAGGUUCCAGUGGAGACGAUGAGAACGCUCCGCCAAGUUAUACCUAUACCAUUACGCAGGAGAUAACAUACCAACCUACGCAUGUCGGAUCGGUUGCUCUGAUUAAGCGAAGUCUGACACUGGAAUCUAGCCGACCUUUGCAAUCACAACUUCAAAUUAUUAAUUUGCCAGGUGCUCCCACCGGUGAACCUGGCCAAGCUACGCCUUAUGAAGCGCUUCAUUCCUACAUUCAUUUGGCCGUCAGCCCCUACUUCAACGCCUAUGUCAACGCCAAAGUUGGUCCUACAAGCUCCGAUUCUAAAUCAAAGAACGAGGACAACAAAAUGGGUAUUCCUAUGGCCAAGAAGAAAAUCGCUGAACUGGAACUCAGUCUUUUGCAUCUGCAGCAAAAUGUCGAAAUUCCUGAAAUAUCCCUCAACAUACAUCCUGUCGUUCAACGUGCUGUGGAGAAGUGUCGCGAACAAAACAAACGUGUUACUGUAGAAGCCGUGGAUCCUAGUCUCUUUUCCGACUCUAGUCUUCUGAAUAAGCUGCAAGGUGAUGUGAAUGGUUGGAUCAAGGAGAUUCAAAAAGUGACCAAACUCUCUCGAGAUCCUGCCAGCGGUACAGCUAUUCAAGAGAUCAACUUUUGGCUGAGUAUGGAGAAAGCCUUGGAGAAGAUCGACGAGCAGUUGAAAAGUGACCAAAUUAUGCUCACUCUGGAUAUUUUGAAGCAUGCCAAACGCUUCCACGCCACUGUCAGUUUCAUUGCUGAUACUGGUCUGAAGGAAGCAGCUGAACUUGUUCACAAAUAUAAUCAGCUCAUGAAAGACUUCCCAUUGAAUGAGCUUUUAUCUGCCACCGACGUGGAGAAAGUGAGAGAGUCGCUCUUGUUGAUCUUUGGUCAUCUCAACAAGAAGCUCAAACUCUCUCCUUAUCCUAUUCGACGUGCUCUUCCCCUGGUUGAUGCCAUUUCUCGAGAUCUUAAUGAUCAGCUACUCAAAGUACUUGGUAGCCGAAAGCUCAUGUAUAUGGAGUACGACGAUUUUGAAAAGGCUAUGGCUAGCGCUGAAGCUGUCUUUCACACUUGGGAUGAUUUGAUCAAAGAAUUUACAAAUGUCGCAAGAGAUGUUACUCGCAAGCGAUCGGAAAAGUUCCUUCCUAUCAAGAUCAAUCCCGCUCACGCUAAGCUGGAAGAACGUAUCAAUUUUGUUCGUACUUUCCGUAAGCAACAUGAACAACUUCACCAGACCAUUGUAAAGGUCAUGACUAGCCCUCGCGCCAAGAAAGCUCAAAUCGUAGAGGAUGGCCAAAUCAAGAGCAUUGUCGAAGAAGAGGAAAGUGUCAGCGUCAGCGACAUUAACUCUGUUGACGAAGUCAAGCUUGCAUAUGACAGCGUGAAGGACAUUGAUGUUCUGGAUGUGUCGCCGGAGGGUACCGAGAUCUGGAUCCAAGCAGAGACAGCUUAUAAUGAACGUGUGUCCAGAGUGGAAAAUCAAAUCAUUUCUCGACUUCGUGAUCGAUUGGGUACCGCCAAAAAUGCCAAUGAGAUGUUUGGAGUUUUCUCCAAAUUCAAUGCGCUAUUCGUUCGACCCAAGAUUCGUGGAGCCAUUCAAGAAUAUCAGACACAGCUAAUUGACAGUGUCAAGGAGGAUAUCAACAAGCUUCAUGACAAGUUCAAGAUGCAAUAUCGUAAUUCCGAAGCCUAUCAUAUGGCUCAGUUACGUGAUUUACCGCCCAUCUCGGGUGCCAUCACCUGGGCUCGUCAAAUCGACCGCCAACUGACUCUAUAUAUGAAGAGGGUGGAAGAUGUCCUCGGAAAAGGCUGGGAGUUGUAUGCUGAAGGUCAGAAGCUACAAAUUGAGAGCAACAGUUUCCGUAAGAAGUUGGAUACUCGCCUCAUCUAUGACAACUGGCUUCAGGAAAUCACCAAACGAGAUCUCUCUGUGUCCGGUCGUAUUUUCGAAAUCACUCGAAACCGUGCACAAGGUGGUGCUCUUCAAUUGGGUGUCAAUUUUGAUAGCCAGAUCAUUACUUUGUUCAAGGAAGUUCGUAACUUGCUAUGGCUCAACUUCCAGGUUCCUCAUACCAUUUCCAAUGUUGCCAAGGAUGCCAAACGCGUCUAUCCUUAUGCUGUCAGCCUGAUGGAGACCGUCAGAACUUUUUCCCAAACCAUCCACAAGGUCAACCGUAACCCGGAUAUUGUGACUUUAGUAGCUGGCUAUCGUAACGAAGUCCAUGUCAUGAUCACAAAAGGUAUUAACCUCCGUUGGGAUUAUUUUGUCAACACCUAUGAUACCCAUCACCGGCCUCUGUCAUCUAUGUCUGGCAUUCCUUUUGAUGCUCGUGAAAACCGUCAUGUCACUUUCGUCAGGGAGUUUGCCAACAUUGUAUCCCUCUUUCAAGACAAGGUUGAUUCUCUCAUCACUUACCAUGAUGAAAUCAACAAGUCGGUCGAAGACAUGAAAUCGUGUCCCUACCAAAUUGACAAGUUUGAAGAUGCUUUGAAAAAGAUUCAGAAGCUGAUCGACAGACUCAAUUUAGAAUCGUACUCUAAUUUAGAUGAAUGGGUGGCGAUCCUGGAUAGAAAAAUCGAAGCUGUCUUAAUUUCAAGAUUGCAGUCCUCUAUCAAGAUUUGGAACAAUGCCUUCCUUGGCAUUGAUGAGGACCCGGUCAAUAUGGAAAGCUCUAUAUCGAAGUCCAAACGCAAGCGCAAGGGCGGUCGAGACAGUCUCACGGUGUCUGAGAAGGCUGUUGUUACUACGAAAUCAGCAGAGGUUAAACCUGCUCUUGAGACCCUAGUACAUGAAAUUCGCAUUCGUGAUCAAGUCAUGUAUCUGGAUCCUCCGAUUGAACAAGCUCGCGCCAGCUGGUUCCACCAACUUCACGACUGGUUAGCUACCGUUUGUCAUCUGCCUAGAGUCCAAAGCUCUCGAUACGAAGGAGGUUUGAGUGUCAAGGACAACUCUGCUAAGGAGAAGACCUACGUCAGCCUACUAACUCAUAUGGGCGACAGUUCACUUGAACACGCCUACCAAAUUAUUGAGGACAAGAUUCGUCAAGUGGCCGAAUAUGUGGACAUUUGGUUGCAAUAUCAAAGCUUGUGGGAUCUUGAAUCCAGCAAGGUGUUUGGCAUUCUUGGUGACGACUUGGCGAAAUGGCAACAGAUCUUGCUCGAAAUCAAGCGUGCUCGCAGCACAUUUGAUAACUCUGAAACCGAGCAGUCUUUUGGACCCCUUAUCGUCGACUAUGAGCAAGUCCAAAGUAAAGUCAAUCAAAAGUACGACCAGUGGCAGCGCGAAAUUCUCAACAAGUUUGGAAGCAUGCUUGGCUUUGCUAUGCGCGAUUUCCAUACCGAGGUUUCCAAAGCUCGCUACGAAUUGGAGCAACAAUCCAUCGAGAGUAACUCCACUGGUGAAGCCGUUACAUUUAUCACUUUUGUUCAAGAUCUCAAGCGCAAGGUGACUAAAUGGGGCAAUGAUGUUGAACUUUUCCGUAAUGGCCAAAAAACCCUUGAACGUCAGCGGUUCCAGUUUCCCAGUGAUUGGGUGUAUGUGGACCAAGUGGAUGGUGAAUGGAGUGCAUUCAAUGAAAUCUUGGCUAGAAAGAACAACGCUAUUCAAGAACAGAUUGCUGGUCUGCAAAUGAAGAUUGUAGCUGAGGACAAGAUUGUUGAACAGAAAAUCCGUGACAUCUGCGUUGAGUGGGAAAAGAGCAAACCUGUUCAAGGUGAUAUCAAGCCUGAUAUUGCCACCAACACUCUCAGUAUCUUUGAAGGCAGAGUCACUCGACUUAAGGAAGAAUAUGACAUGGUUUGCAGGGCAAAGGAGGCUCUCGACCUGGAUCAAACCAGUGAUGGACGACUUGAGCCAGUUCUUGAAGAACUUCGCGAUUUGAAGUCUGUCUGGACUGCUCUUGCUAAAGUUUGGCAAUCCAUCAAUGAAAUUCGCGACACCUUGUGGUCUACUAUCGCUCCUCGCAAAAUACGUCAAUCUUUGGAUGGUCUUGUCAAUUCCACGAAGGACAUGCCCAACCGCAUGCGUCAGUACGCUGCAUAUGAAUAUGUUCAAGAAGUCUUGCGUCAUUACCUUCGUGUCAAUCCCUUGAUUUCUGACCUUAAAUCGGAAGCUCUCCGAGAGAGACAUUGGAGACAAAUUUUCAAGACGCUUCGCAUAGAUGGACGCCUCACAUUGGGUGACAUGACUAUCGGUCAGCUUUGGGAUCUUGAUCUCAAGCGUAAUGAACUAGUGGUUAAGGACGUCAUUAUUCAAGCUCAAGGAGAAAUGGCUUUGGAAGAGUUCUUGAAGCAAGUGAAGGAAACUUGGACCAACUAUGUUUUGGACUUGGUCAACUAUCAGAAUAAGUGCCGCUUGAUUCGUGGCUGGGACGACCUCUUCACCAAGACGAGUGAACACAUUAAUUCUUUGAACGCAAUGAAACUGUCACCUUACUACAAGGUCUUUGAAGAAGAAGCCUCUGCAUGGGAAGAAAAAUUGAACCGUAUCCACGUUUUGUUCGAUGUCUGGAUUGAUGUUCAACGCCAGUGGGUAUACCUUGAAGGUAUCUUCAGUGGUAGUGCUGACAUCAAGCAUUUGUUGCCGGUUGAAACCUCUCGUUUCCAGAACAUCAACUCAGAAUUUUUGACCGUCAUGAAGAAGGUUUACAAGUCACCUUUUGUACUGGAUGUCCUUAAUAUUCCUACUGUGCAAAAGUCUUUAGAGCGUUUGGCAGAGCUUCUCAGCAAAAUCCAAAAGGCCCUUGGUGAAUACUUGGAACGUGAACGUUCAUCUUUCCCUCGGUUCUACUUUGUCGGUGAUGAAGAUUUGCUUGAAAUCAUCGGUAAUAGCAAGGAUAUCCUUCGCAUUCAAAAGCAUUUUAAGAAGAUGUUUGCUGGUGUUGCCAACAUCAUUUUGGAUGAAGAAACAAAUGUCAUUCAAGGCAUUGCUUCUAGGGAAGGAGAAGAAGUCCAACUCAAAAACCCUAUCUCACUCAUUGAUCAUCCCAAGAUCAACGACUGGCUCACCAUGCUUGAGAAGGAUAUGCGUCUAUCCCUCGCUUUGUUACUUCAAGAUGCUGUCAUUGAGAUGGAAAAGAUUUGGGAUGGUUCUGAAAUCAUUACUACUGUAUUUUUAGACUGGGUAGAGAGAUACCCUGUCCAAUUGGUGGUUUUGGCUGCUCAGACAACAUGUACGCAUUCAGUCGAUAAGGCUUUGAACAAAAUUGCUGAUAGCACUAAUCCCUCGGAUUUGACACCUUUGGAGGAAUCUCUCACCUUUGUUGAAUCCAACUUGACUGUCUUGGCUAACACUGUGCUUCUUGAUCUCUCUGCCAUCAAACGACGCAAAUGCGAACAUCUUAUUACUGAAUUGGUUCAUCAGCGAGAUUUGAUCCGUUCCCUGCUGGCCAGUAAAGUGAACUCACCCAAGGACUUCAAAUGGUUGUACCAAAUGCGUUUCUACUUCAACGCAGCCACAGCUAAUCCCCUCGAACGACUGGUUAUCAAGAUGGCGGAUGCCUCCUUCUUCUAUGGUUAUGAAUACCUUGGUGUUCCUGAUCGUCUUGUCCAGACUCCUCUUACUGACAGAUGUUAUCUCACCUUGACUCAAGCCUUGAAGCAACGAAUGGGAGGCUCGCCAUUUGGUCCUGCUGGUACUGGUAAAACCGAAUCUGUCAAAGCUCUUGGUGUCCAAUUGGGUCGCUUUGUUCUCGUCUUCUGUUGUGACGAAACCUUUGAUUUCCAAGCUAUGGGUCGUAUUUUCAUUGGUCUUUGCCAAGUCGGUGCUUGGGGUUGCUUUGACGAGUUUAAUCGUCUUGAAGAGCGCAUUUUGUCUGCUGUCUCACAGCAAGUACAAACUAUUCAACUGGGUCUCAGAGAUGCCAUGACCAACCCCGAGAAAGAAAUCGAAUUGGUUGGUAAGAACGUUCGUGUCAACGAAAACACUGGUAUCUUCAUUACCAUGAAUCCUGGUUAUGCUGGAAGAUCCAAUCUGCCCGACAAUUUGAAGAAGUUGUUCCGUAGCAUCGCUAUGACCAAACCAGACAGAAAACUCAUUGCUCAAGUCAUGUUAUACUCACAAGGUUUCCGAAAUGCUGAAGAUCUUGCAUCUCGUGUUGUACCUCUUUUCAAUCUGUGCGACGAACAACUUUCACCACAAUCUCACUACGAUUUCGGUCUGCGUGCCUUAAAGAGUGUGCUGGUUAGUGCUGGUAACCUCAAGCGUGACCGCCUUAGUGCUUUACGUCAAGCUAUCAGUAGCGGUGAGAAGGACGACACUGAAUAUGCCGCUAUCUCUGAACAAGUGCCAGAACAACAGCUCGUCAUCUCCAGUAUAUCCGAAACAGUCAUGCCGAAAUUGGUUGCUGAAGAUAUUCAUACUCUAAAGAAUAUCCUAAAUGAUGUCUUCCCUGGCAUUGUUUAUGAGCCUGUCGAUCUUGAUCAACUCAAACAAGAAAUUAAGAAUGUCUGUGAAGAGCAACGUCUAGUCUAUGGUGAUGCUUGGGUUGAAAAGGUCAUUCAGUUGUAUCAAAUCCAAAAUAUUCACCACGGUCUUAUGAUGGUUGGUCCAUCCGGUUCUGGUAAAUCUACAGCAUGGAAGGUUCUACUCACUGCUCUUGAACGAUGCGAGGGUACUGAAGGUGUUCCCUACACCAUUGAUCCCAAGGCUUUGUCAAAGGAAGCUCUCUAUGGUACAUUGGAUCAAACAACGCGUGAAUGGACAGAUGGUUUAUUCACUCAUAUUCUUCGCAAGAUCGUUGACAACGUCCGUGGUGAAAGUACCAAACGUCAUUGGAUUAUCUUCGAUGGUGAUGUUGAUCCUGAAUGGGUCGAAAAUCUUAACUCGGUGCUCGAUGAUAACAAAUUGCUCACUUUGCCUAAUGGUGAACGUUUGAGUUUACCACCUAACGUCCGCAUCAUGUUCGAAGUCGAAACGUUGAAAUACGCUACUCUCGCUACUGUCUCUCGUUGCGGAAUGGUUUGGUUCAGCGAAGAUGUUGUGUCACUGCCGAUGAUCUUCACCCAUUACUUGGAAACUCUGCGAAAUGUGCCUAUGGAUGAACUCGAUGAAGAAAUUCCACGAAGAAGAUUGGAAAGUGACGAUAAUACAUCCAUAUCGCCCAUAUUGGCUACCCAAAGAGCCAUUGCUAAGAUCAUUGAACCUGAUCUCACAGAUGAUGACGGUCUGGUUGGUAAAGCUUUGCGUCAUGCUGCCACUUUCGAGCAUAUCAUGGAUUUCACUCGCAUGAGAGUACUAUCUACUUUGUUCUCCCUUAUCAACAAAACCAUUCGCAAUGUCUUGGAAUACAAUGCUCAGCAUUCGGACUUUCCUCUAUCGGCUGAACACUUGCAUGGAUAUAUCACCAAACGUACCGUUUACUCACUCAUUUGGAGUUUUGCUGGUGAUGCCAAACUGGAUCUACGUACAAGUUUCGGUGAAUACCUUCGCGGCAUCACAACAUAUGAUCUCCCUCCAAGUGUGAAUGAUUGGUCUAUCAUCGACUACGACAUCGCAGUCAAUUCUGGUGAAUGGAGUCCAUGGCAAUCAAAGGUUCCAACCGUUGAGAUCGAAACUCAUAAAGUGGCUGAAGCCGAUAUGAUCAUUCCUACGGUUGAUACUGUUCGUCACGAAGAAGUGUUGUACUCUUGGUUGUCUGAGCACAAACCCCUCAUUUUGUGUGGUCCCCCAGGUUCUGGUAAAACCAUGACCUUGUUCAGUGCUUUGCGCAAGUUGCCAGACAUGGAAGUGGUUGGUCUUAACUUCUCAAGUGCUACUACUCCUGAGCUCAUUAUGAAGACAUUCGAACAGCACUGUGAGUACCGUAAGACACCUAAUGGCGUUAUCCUGUCACCUACCUUGAUCGGAAGAUGGCUUGUUAUUUUCUGUGACGAAAUCAAUUUGCCAGCGACAGACAAGUACAACACUCAGCGUGUCAUCUCUUUCUUGAGACAACUAGUUGAAUACAACGGUUACUGGAGAGCCAGUGACAAGUCUUGGGUGACGCUUGAGCGUAUUCAGUUUGUUGGAGCUUGUAACCCUCCCACUGAUCCUGGACGUGUACCCUUGUCGCAUCGUUUCCUUAGACAUGCACCCGUGGUCAUGGUUGACUACGCUGGUCAGCCUUCUUUGAUGCAAAUUUACAGCACCUUUUCAAGAGCCAUGCUCAAAGUGGUCCCCACUUUACGAGGAUAUGCAGAGCCGCUUACAGCUGCUAUGGUGGAAUUCUAUCUCAUGUCACAGAAACGAUUUACACCUGACAAGCAGGCUCACUACAUCUAUUCGCCUCGUGAAUUGACUCGUUGGGUAAGAGGUAUUUUCGAAGCCAUCAAGCCUUUGGAAUCCUUGACUGUUGAAGGUCUUGUUCGUAUCUGGGCACAUGAAGCUCUUCGACUAUUCCAAGAUCGUUUGGUCACGGAUGAAGAAAGACAGUGGACUGACGAUAACAUCAAUGAAAUCGCCAUGAAGCACUUCCCUAUGAUUGAUCAACAAGAAGCCCUGAGAAGACCUAUCUUGUUCUCCAACUGGUUGUCCAAGCAUUACAUUCCUGUCGAGCAUGAACAGCUUCGCGAGUACGUCAAAGCCCGUUUGAAGGUCUUUUACGAAGAAGAAUUGGAUGUACCUCUCGUUCUGUUCAACGAUGUCUUGGAGCAUGUUUUGCGCAUUGAUCGUGUCUUCCGUCAACCACAAGGUCACUUGUUGUUGAUUGGUGUCUCUGGUAGUGGUAAAACCACCUUGUCACGUUUCGUUGCAUGGUUGAAUGGUCUUUCUGUUUUCCAGAUCAAGGUUCAUAACAAGUAUACCGGAGUUGACUUUGACGAGGAUCUGAGAACUGUUCUUAGACGAGCUGGUUGCAAAGGUGAAAAGAUUUGUUUCAUCAUGGAUGAAUCCAACGUUCUUGAUUCUGGUUUCUUGGAAAGAAUGAACACUCUACUUGCCAAUGCCGAAGUGCCUAGUUUGUUCGAGGGAGAUGAAUUUGCUGCCUUGAUGACUGGAUGUAAAGAAGGCGCCCAGCGGGAUGGCUUAAUGCUGGACUCCAAUGAAGAACUUUACAAGUGGUUCACUCAACAAGUGAUGCGUAACCUUCACGUUGUCUUCACGAUGAAUCCUCCAGAGGGUGGUUUAGGUUCAAGAACUGCCACUUCCCCUGCCCUGUUCAAUCGUUGUGUGUUGGAUUGGUUUGGUGACUGGCCCGAUCAGGCAUUCUAUCAAGUCGGUCGUGAAUUCACCAAUACUUUGGAUCUCGACGUUCCUAACUAUGGUGCACCUCUCAACUUCCCCAUCAUUUAUAAGGACUUACCCAUUCCACCUACUCAUCGUGAUGCUGUGGUCAACGCACUUGUUUAUGUGCAUACAUCCUUGUAUGAUAUCAAUCUCAAGCUCAGCAAACGUCAAGGUCGUCGCAACUUUGUCACUCCUAGACAUUUCUUGGAUUUCAUUUCGCACUAUGUGAAGCUUUACAAUGAGAAGCGUGAAAAUCUCGAGGAACAACAACGUCACUUGAAUGUUGGUUUGGAUAAGCUGAAGACCACUGUUAUCAAGGUCGAAGAGCUUCGCAAAAGUUUGGCUGUCAAGAAGAACCAACUGGAAAUCAAAAAUGCUCAAGCUAACGAGAAGAUCGGUCAAAUGGUAGCGGAUGAGAAGGAAGCUGAAAACAAGAAGGCUGCAUCCAUUGAAAUCCAAGCUGCCCUUGAAAUGCAGAACAAGGAAAUUGAAGAGCGUCGCGCUAUUGUUCUCGGUGAUUUGGCCAAUGCCGAACCCGCCGUCAUGGAAGCUCAAAAGAGUGUCAGUAACAUUAAACGUCAACAUUUGACGGAAGUCAGAGCUAUGGGUAACCCCCCCGAGGCUGUCAAGCUUGCGAUGGAAUCUGUUUGCAACUUACUCGGACACAAGAUUGAGUCCUGGAAGACGGUACAAUCCAUCAUUCGUCGUGACGAUUUCAUUGCUAGCAUCGUCAACUUCAACACUGAGAAGCAAAUGGUCAAGCAGCUUCGUGAGUACAUGAAGCGUAACUAUCUCAGCAACCCCUCCUUUGAGUACGAAGCCGUUAACCGUGCCUCCACGGCAUGUGGUCCUCUCGUCAAGUGGGUGAUUGCUCAAGUGAACUACUCUGAAAUUUUGGACCGUGUUGGCCCACUUCGUGAUGAGGUUGUUGACUUGGAACGCAGUGCGGAUGAAACCAAACUCAAGGCUUCGGAAAUUCAAGAUAUGAUUGCUGGCCUGGAAAACAGUAUUGCUCGUUACAAGGAGGAAUAUGCUGCGCUUGUUGGUGAAACACAGGCCAUCAAGGGUGAAAUGGAACGGGUCAAAUCCAAGGUUGACCGUAGUUUGACAUUGCUCAGCAGCUUGGGCUCUGAGAAGGAGCGUUGGGAGUCUGCAAGUCAAGCGUUUGAAACACAAAUGGGCACCAUUGUUGGAGACGUCCUCUUGUCGGCUGCUUUCUUGGCCUACGGAGGCUAUUUCGAUCAACAAUAUCGCGAAAUGUUGAUGCACAAGUGGGCCGAGCAUCUUGGCAACUCCGGUGUGCAGUUCAAGCAAGACAUGUCCUUGACCGAAUACUUGAGUACUGCCGAUGACCGAUUAUCAUGGCAAGCAAACAGCCUGCCUGCUGAUGACCUGUGUAUCGAAAAUGCUAUCAUGCUCAAGCGUUACAACAGAUACCCACUCAUCAUCGAUCCAUCUGGUCAAGCUACCAAUUUCUUGAUCAAUGAGUAUCAAGAUCGUAAGAUUACUGUCACUAGUUUCUUGGACGAUGCCUUUAUCAAGAAUUUGGAAAGUGCUCUUCGUUUCGGUAACCCCAUCCUCAUUCAAGAUGUAGAGCAUUUGGAUCCUAUUUUGAAUCCUGUUCUCAACAAGGAACUUCGACGAACUGGUGGUCGUGUGUUGAUUCGUCUUGGUAACCAAGAUAUCGAUUUCUCUCCUUCGUUCAAGCUUUUCUUGUCAACAAGAGAUCCAUCCGUCAAUUUCCCACCUGAUAUCUGCUCAAGAGUUACCUUUGUUAACUUUACCGUCACACGUGGCUCACUCCAGAGUCAGUGCUUGAAUAAGGUACUCAAGGCUGAAAGACCGGAUGUCGACCAAAGAAGAACGGAUCUCAUCAAACUUCAAGGAGAGUUCCAGCUCCGUCUGCGUUUCUUGGAGAAAUCUUUGCUGCAAGCUCUUAAUGAAUCGAAGGGCAAUAUUUUGGAUGACGAUAAGGUCAUUGAAACACUUGAAACCCUUAAGAAGGAAGCCGGAGAAGUGUCUCGCAAGGUUGAAGAAACCAACACUGUCAUGCAGGAAGUUGAACAAAGUACCACUGUCUACACUCCUCUGGCUCAAGCAUGUUCAUCCAUCUUCUUUGUCAUGGAACAACUCAAUCUUAUCAACCACUUUUACCAAUUCUCUUUGAAUUUCUUUUAUAACAUCUUCCAAUAUGUUUUGCACGAGAACCCCAAUCUUACAGGAUUGACUGAUCCGGAUGAACGACUUCAAAUUUUGUCCCGCGACCUGUUUAUGGUGUCCUACAAACGAGCCUCAAGAAGUUUGCUUCAUGCAGAUCAUAUCACUUUUGCCAUGCUCAUGUGUCAGAUUGUAUUGCGCGGAAAUGAGAAAUCGAGCAUCGACCAGAAUGAAUACAGUUAUUUGAUUCAAGGUUCAAGCAAGCCCAAGACGUCGUACUCUUUGGAUCUGCCACCAUGGCUUUCUGAAGAACAAAAGCAUCGCAUUGAAGAACUUUCUGAUUUGCCCGCAUUCAAGAACCUUCCCGAAGCUAUCAAUGAGCGUGAGCAAGAAUGGCAAAGGUUCAGCGAGGAUAACUUACCAGAAGCCAAUGUUCCUUACUCUUGGGAAAAGACUGACAGCUAUGCUGACGGCUUGAGAGAAUUGCUUUUGGUGAAGACCUUUAGACCUGAUCGUGUGCUUCCAGCAGCUUCCAUCUUUGCUUCCAGAAUCUUUGGCGCUGACUUCAUCAACAACGAAGAACUCAACUUACCCUACCUUGUUAAUAAGGAAACCAAGGCCAGUACGCCUAUUGCUCUUUGCUCCAUUCCUGGUUAUGAUGCCAGUUACAGAGUCGACCAAAUGGUCGCUGCUAGUGAUAUCCGCUGUACCUCUGUAGCCAUGGGCUCUGCUGAAGGAUUUACACUGGCUGAUCAAGCCAUUUCCUCUGCUGUGAAGACCGGUAACUGGGUGUUACUCAAGAACGUUCAUCUUGCUCCACACUGGCUUGGCUCGUUGGAAAAGAAGUUGCACAGUCUCAAACCCCAUCGAAAUUUCCGUCUAUUCUUGACAAUGGAAACCAAUCCCAAGGUGCCUGUCAACUUGCUGCGACUUUCUCGUGUACUGAUGUUUGAGCCUCCACCGGGUAUCAAAGCCAACUUGCAAGAUUCUCUUCGCAGUAUCUCACAAGCAAGAUCUAAUAAGGGACCAGCCGAACGCAGCAGACUUUACUUUUUGCUUGCUUGGCUUCAUGCCAUUGUUCAAGAACGUUUACGAUAUGUUCCUCUGGGUUGGUCAAAGUCUUACGAAUUCAACGAUGCCGAUCUUGACUGCGCUUUCACGACCAUUGAUGCUUGGCUUGACACCGCAGCUAGCGGAAGAGCUAACAUUUCACCUGAAAAGAUACCAUGGGAAGCUAUUGGCACCUUGUUCAAAGAAUCAGUGUAUGGUGGUAGAGUUGACAAUGAUGCCGAUCAAGACAUUCUUGACUCCUUUGUGGACACCCUGUUCACUCCUCACAGUUAUGAUAUUGACUUCAAGUUGGUACCUGAAACCUCUGAAGGCAAAGCUGUUGUAAUUCCUGAUGGCACACGUGUGGAACAGUUCUUAGAAUGGGUGAACAAACUACCCGAGAGAGAACCGCCCACUUGGCUUGGACUCCCUGGAAAUGCUGAGCACGUCCUAUUGACCAUCAAGGGUAAAGAAAUGCUUGCUAAGGUGCUCAAGCUUAAAGAUAUUAGCGAUGAAAUGUAAACGUAGACAUUCAUCAUCAUAGCAAAUAUGUAUGAAGUAAAAAUAAAAUUACCACCAUGUCAUGUUUACCUUCUUAUAGCUUUGGCAGUGCGGUC